CUGAUCAUCCGUAGAGUGUUUACAUCACGUCCACGAUUUCAUAUAAAAAAAUUUCAAACGAAAUAAUCUUUGCGAAUGCCAAUCAAAUCCUCUGGAAUUAUUUCCAUUUACAUCAGAGGAUGUAAAAGAGUAGUUCAACUUUCACGUGACGUGAUUGAAAAAAUUUUGAGAUUGAAUAAUUUUUGGGGAAAAAAUGGAGAAACGAAAGAAAAAUCGAUUCAACGGUUUGACCGAGGAGGAGGUGAAGAAGAAUACCCUCCAGGAUUACCUGGAGCCUGAGCUGGACCUAGUUUUCCUGGGGAUAAACCCGAGCCUGAUGGCAGCACACAAGGGGAGAUACUACGCAGGUCCAGGUAAUCAUUUCUACAAACUGCUGCACGCGUCUGAGCUAGUGCCGAGAUUCGUCGGCUUCGAGGAGGAUUGCAAUCUCCUGCAGUACAAAAUUGGCCUGACGAAUAUCGUAUCCAGGGCAACACGAUCCUCAGCCGACCUGACGACAGAGGAAAUCAGGAAGGGCUGUGACGUCGUCGUCGAGAAGAUGAGAGAAUUCAAACCGAGAAUCGCAGUGUUCAAUGGAAAAUGCAUCUAUCAGGUUUUCGGGGAAAAAUUCAGGAAGAGAGAAUUUCAUUUUGGAUUGCAGAGUGAAAAAAUAGGAGACGCCGCUGUCUGGGUUGUCCCCUCCAGCAGCGCCAGGUGCUCCAAUUUCCCCAGGAUGGAGGAUAAACUCCAUUUUUAUCGGGCCAUCAAGAGACACCUCAUGUUCCUGAAGGGGGAGAUCGAUGGUGUUGAUCUCAAGGAAUUUAUUUUCAAUUGCGAGAGCCGACCGAGGGCUUUUAAGAGUGUUUUCGUCGUUAAGGAGAUCCUGGGAGGCUCGCCAAGACAGCAUGAGGCAGAAAUAAAUGGCUCACCUGAUCCAGGGGCAAGCCCUGAGCCUCAGGAUUCUCCUCUUCGAGACAACAGUGGAGAUGAUGAAGUCAGAGAAAACAAGGAGAAAGGUAAUGAUGAGGAGCUCAAAGCGAAAUUAUCUGAUGGGGAGUCAGAUUUUAUGAGUUUAAUAAAGCGGAGGAUAUCAGAAAAACAUGAUAAUCCUGUUGUGGGUGAGGGCAAGGUCUCGAGACCUGUGAAGAAAUUAAAAUAUUCCAAUCUGAAGUUAAGGAAGAGCUAGAAUAUAUCUGUCCGCUAUUUUUCAAAGUAUUUCCUCCUGAGAUUAUGAAACCUCUUAAUAAAGAAUUUAUUUAUUUUUCCA